AAAAGUUUAACUUGAGCCAGAUUUGACACCAUCAAAAUUAUAGGGGGUUAUUGGACUUUCAUUCCCUGCCCUGUUGUGUUGUGUUGUAUUGGUAAUUAAAAAAGAGGGCAAGACUCUCUUUCCGGUACCGGGCACGAGUUUACCACACUCCUUUCUUCCGCCGUAUUGACCCACGUAGGGCGGCGCGUGUGGAUUUACUUGGUUUUCUACUCGUCGAACUUGGCUUACAGUCUACUACCAAAACCCUAAUCUCAAAAGAUUGAUUUUGUGUGCUAUAUCUAUUUUUACAUCGUCUCUUCGAUUUCGUAACUAUGAGUUUCUUUGAAGAGAGCUUCGAGUUGAAGGAGAUUCAGAGGCUCGAAGGCCACACCGAUAGAGUUUGGAGUCUCGCUUGGAACCCUGCCACCGGCAUCGGCGGCGUACCGUCGAUGCUUGCUUCUUGUAGCGGCGACAAGACUGUUCGAAUUUGGCAGCAGAGUGCAGUCACUCGCUCUUUUGAAUGCAAGGCAGUUUUAGAAGAAACACACACCCGGACUGUUAGAUCGUGUUCCUGGUCGCCGUCAGGUAAAUUAUUGGCAACUGCGAGUUUCGAUGCCACUACUGCAAUUUGGGAGCAAAUUGGAGAUGAUUUUGAAUGUGUCUCCACUUUGGAGGGUCAUGAAAAUGAAGUAAAAAGUGUGUCUUGGAAUGCAUCUGGGUCGCUGCUUGCAACUUGUGGCCGUGAUAAAUCUGUCUGGAUUUGGGAAGUACAGCCUGGGAAUGAGUUUGAAUGCGUUUCAGUGUUGCAAGGACAUACGCAAGAUGUUAAAAUGGUCCAAUGGCAUCCAUCAAUGGAUGUUCUGUUUUCGUGUAGCUAUGAUAAUACUAUUAAGGUUUGGGCAGAGGAUGGUGACAGUGAUGAUUGGCAUUGUGUUCAAACUUUAGGGGAAUCUAACAAUGGACACUCUUCAACAGUUUGGGCACUAUCUUUCAAUACCCAGGGAGAGAAAAUGGUUACCUGCAGCGAUGAUCUUACCAUAAAAAUCUGGGGCACUGACAUCAUAGGAGUGCAAUCUGAUGAUGGCUAUGCACCUUGGAAACAUCUUUGCACUCUCUCUGGCUAUCACGAUCGAACCAUUUUUUCGGUCCACUGGUCAAGGGAAGGAGUGAUUGCCAGUGGAGCAGCUGAUGAUGCUAUACGCUUAUUUGUUGAUAGCAAUGACGGUUUGGUUGGUGGACCUAUGUACAAAAUGCUGCUGAAGAAGGAUAAGGCUCAUGACAUGGAUGUUAAUUCAGUGCAAUGGAGCUCUGCCUGCGGUAAAAUUUGUUUUCAUGAACUAAUGAGAUUCUACAGCUUUAUGCCCAAUUUCAUGUAAGGAAAACAGGCUACUUGCUUCCGCGAGUGAUGACGGGACAAUCAAGAUAUGGGAGUUGGCAUCCUUAACUUGACGCAUCCGAUAAUUAUAUCUCAGUUUUUUAUAUUUUACUUCUAAAAUCAGCAGGAAUGCUUGUGUAAUAUUUGAAAAUAUUGUUAUAGAAAUAUUAUCCAUGUAAUUUGCAGCUCCGAGAAAUCAAUAACAGAUUGGAUAUAUUUUUAGAGUGGUUCUAAUUCAUACGAUCAAAUAGAAAUAUUUAAAUUAUACUUCGAGAAUAAUCAUGAACAGAGCUGUUCAAUUCUGCAAUACGUUUUAUUUUAUGAGAUUUAUUUGAUCGAGUAA